CGCAAACAAGGGUCGUUCUUCAGGAGUUUAUGAUGGUCUGCUGACCGGAUGGAAAACUUUUCCCUGAGUUUUUUUUUUUUCUUCUUUCUGUCUGACAACUGGAGUUUGACUUCUUGGGUCUCUUUUAUUUGCGUCCAGACGCUUUAUUUUGGGUCGACGCGUUUUAUAGCGCAUAGCAAGUGAGGGAUGAAGUGAUCGAUUGAGUUUCUCUGGAGUUCGUAGCGUCUGAGUGAAGCUCAUCAUGGGGAACCGCGGGAUGGAGGAGUUGAUUCCUCUCAUUAACAAACUGCAGGACGCCUUCAGCUCCAUCGGCCAGAGCUGCAACCUCGAGCUGCCGCAGAUCGCGGUGGUGGGCGGCCAGAGCGCCGGGAAGAGCUCGGUGCUGGAAAACUUCGUGGGCAGGGACUUUCUGCCGAGAGGUUCCGGCAUUGUCACUCGCAGGCCUCUGAUUCUCCAACUAGUCAACAGUAAAGCAGAAUAUGCCGAGUUCCUGCACUGUAAGGGCCGUAAGUUUGUGGACUUUGACGAGGUCCGGCAGGAGAUCGAGGCCGAGACGGACAGACUCACUGGAUCUAAUAAGGGAAUCUCUCCGGUGCCCAUCAACCUGCGCGUUUACUCGCCCAACGUGUUGAAUCUGACGCUGAUCGAUCUGCCCGGCAUGACGAAGGUGGCGGUGGGAGACCAGCCGGUGGACAUCGAGUACCAGAUCCGAGAUAUGCUGCUGCAGUUCAUCUCCAAAGAGAACUGCCUGGUUCUGGCCGUCACACCUGCCAACACCGACCUCGCCAACUCCGACGCGCUGAAGAUCAGCAAAGAGGUGGAUCCUCAGGGUCUGCGCACCAUCGGUGUGAUCACCAAACUGGAUCUGAUGGAUGAAGGAACCGACGCCAGAGACAUCCUGGAGAACAAGCUGCUUCCUCUGCGCAGAGGUUAUAUCGGUGUGGUGAACCGCAGUCAGAAAGAUAUUGAUGGCAGGAAGGACAUCAAAGUCGCACUGGCUGCUGAGAGGAAGUUCUUCCUGUCCCAUCCGGCGUACAGACACAUGGCCGAGAGAAUGGGCACGCCGUACCUGCAGAAAACACUCAACCAGCAAUUGACGAAUCACAUCCGUGACACUCUGCCGGCGCUGCGCAGUAAACUUCAGUCUCAGCUGCUGUCGCUAGAGAAGGAGGUGGAGGAAUACAAGAACUUCAAACCGGACGAUCCAGCGCGCAAAACCAAAGCCCUGCUGCAGAUGGUGCAGCAGUUCGGCGUGGACUUCGAGAAGCGUAUCGAGGGCUCUGGCGAUCAGGUGGACACUCUCGAGCUCUCCGGCGGCGCGCGAAUCAACCGCAUCUUCCACGAGCGCUUCCCGUUUGAGCUCGUUAAGAUGGAGUUUGAUGAGAAGGAGUUGAGGAGGGAGAUCAGUUACGCCAUCAAGAACAUUCAUGGAGUCAGGACGGGGCUCUUCACCCCUGACAUGGCCUUCGAGGCCAUCGUGAAAAAGCAGCUGAUAAAGCUGAAGGAGCCGUGCCUCAAAUGCAUUGACCUGGUCAUCCAGGAGCUCAUCAACACGGUCAGGCAGUGCACGCUGAAGUUGAACUCGUAUCCUCAGCUGAGAGAAGAGACGGAACGAAUCGUUACCACCUACAUCAGGGAGAGAGAAAGCAAAACUAAAGACCAGGUGAUGCUGCUGAUCGACAUCGAGCUCUCCUACAUCAACACGAACCAUGAGGACUUCAUCGGUUUCGCCAAUGCCCAGCAGCGAAGCGCGGCCGUCACUAAGAAGAGAGCCAUGCCCAACCAGGUGAUCCGACGCGGUUGGCUCACCAUCAACAUCAGCAUAAUGAAGGGCGGAUCCAAGGACUACUGGUUCAUCCUGACUGCAGAGUCUCUGUCCUGGUACAAGGAUGAGGAGGAGAAAGAGAAGAAGUUCAUGCUGCCUCUGGAUAACCUGAAGCUCAGAGAUGUUGAGAAAGGCUUCAUGUCCACCAAACACACCUUCGGCAUCUUCAACACUGAGCAGAGGAAUGUGUAUAAAGACCUUCGGCAGAUCGAGCUGGCGUGCGAUUCUCAGGAGGAAGUGGACAGCUGGAAAGCCUCCUUCCUGCGGGCGGGAGUCUAUCCUGAGAAAGACCAGGUGGAGAACGAGGACGGCGUUACGGCCGACUCCCUCUCCAUGGAUCCUCAGCUGGAGCGGCAGGUGGAGACCAUCCGUAACCUGGUGGACUCCUACAUCGGCAUCGUCAACAAGAGCAUCCGAGACCUGAUGCCCAAGACCAUCAUGCACCUCAUGAUCAACAGCGCGAAGGAGUUCAUCUACUCGGAGCUGCUGGCGUAUCUGUACUCGUCGGGCGAUCAGAACAGUCUGAUGGAGGAGUCGGCCGAACAGGCGCAGCGGCGCGACGAGAUGCUCCGCAUGUACCACGCGCUCAAAGAGGCGCUGCACAUCAUCGGAGACAUCAGCACCUCCACCGUAUCCGUGCCCGUCCCGCCACCUGUGGACGACACCUGGAUCCACACCGACCCCAGUCCUCCAUCUCAGCGUAAACCAUCCGCGGGAACGGCUCCGCCCCCUGGCCGUCCUCCUGCCGUGCGAGGCCCCACCCCUGGUCCUCCUGGCCCGCCUCCUCUUAACCCCUCCCCUGCAUUUGGAGCUCCGCCCGUUCCAUCCAGGCCCGGCCCGCCUCCAGUCAACGCAAAUGCUUUUGGGAGUGGCGCGUUGGAACCACCCCCUCAGGUGCCGUCACGACCCGCCCGCGUGCCGCCCUCUCUGCCACCCGGCAUACCUAGCAGAAGGCCUCCAGCUGCUCCAAACCGGCCCACCAUAAUCAGACCGUCAGAACCGUCUCUGCUGGACUGAAGAGGUUUCGCAGCGCUGGAGACGAGCGGUAGCUUUCAGCACAGAGAACGCCAAAGAAAACUACAAUAAACACACACACUAACAUGCACACAAGUGUCGUAGUUCAAAAAAGGGCGUGGACUCACACUUUGAUUGACAGAUGACUUUUGAUACUCUUCAGUGCUUUUUUCCAAGUAAUAGUAAUAAUAACAGUACAUUUUAUGAUUCGUUUAUAUAAGCAGCUCCACAUAUGUAUUAUGUUUUCUAGAAAUUAUUUCAGGGGAUUUCAGACGUUGUGAAGUAGAUGCGCGAUAUAUACGUCAUGUAGUGAAGCACAGGUCCGUUCAUUUCACGCAGGCGUCAGUAAUCAGCGAGUAUAAUGUUUACAGACGACUCAACCUCGACUUAUGUUACAGUGAGCAGUCAGCGACUGACAACACUCAUCUUAACACUCCAGUUUAUAUGUUUUGUGUGUAUAAACACUUAAUUAAACGUUUCUGAUGAUGACCGCAGACACUGUUUUCACGUACAGUAUAGUCACAUGAUUUCUGGACAGUAUUUUUGAAUUUCUGUGGUCUAAAUGACACACUAACUACAGAACAACUCAAAAACCUUGUCUUAAUACAUACACAGAAUACUGUGUUCAUUAAAACAAUUUAGUUUGAUACAAUUAAACACGCGUCAUUCUGAACCUGUUGAAUUUCUUUAUAAAGUGGUUUAAGGUCAAGACUCACGCUUUCACUUCUGAAAACGAGUCUCAUUUAGCUUUGCUUCUCGAGUACAUUGAUUUGGUUUAAUGGAUGUUUAGAUUUUUUUAACUUGUUGGAGAAAUGAUUUUAUAUCGUUUAUGUCUGACAGGAGAUCUUCCUUUCAUCUGUUUUCAUUUAUUGUCUCUGUUGUUUCUUUUGUUUUUUUCAUGACAUUUCGCAAGGACUGCGAACAAAAGCAUACUCAACCAAAAUGUAAUGAUUAUUAUCAAUAAAAGGGCAAUUUGUUUA